AUGGCCUUCGCCACCUCCCCUUCCCUGUCCGCACUCGCUUCCUCCUCGUCCGCCGCCGCCGCCGCCGCCGCCGCCACCACCACCUACUCCUCCUCCUCCUCCACGCAUUCUUCCAACGCUUUUCACGAGCCAAGGCCUCUCCACCUCUCGCUCAAGCCCGUCUACCCGCUCCCCAAACCGCAUGCGCUCUCCUGCUCCGCGCCGCACAUCCCCCGCGCCGCCUCCGGGGACGGAUCGGGCUCCGGGAACCGCGGGGAUGACUCCGGUGGGAAUGGAGGCAAGGAUGGAGGCGGCGGCGGGGGUGGAGAGAAUGACGACGACUACGAGGAGGCGGAGUUCGGACCGCUGCUCGGCUUCGACGAGGUGCUGCGCCUCGCUGCGGCGCGCGGCGUUGCGCUCCCGGGCGACAUGAUGGAGGCGGCCAAGGACGCCGGCAUCCGGGAAGUCCUCUUGCUCCGCUACUUCGAUCUGCAGGCCGCGCCGUGGCCGCUAGGCGCGAUGAUCCGCGCCUUCUCGAUGCUCCGCAACCGGAUGCUCGCCGACCCGUCGUUCCUCUUCAAAGUUGGCACCGAGAUUGUGAUCGACUCUUGCUGCGCGACAUUUGCAGAGGCGCAGAAGAGGGGAAAGGAUUUUUGGGCGGAGUUUGAACUGUACGCUGCUGACCUUCUUGUUGGUGUAGCAGUUGAUAUUGCACUUGUGGGGCUGCUGGCUCCAUAUGUGAGAAUUGGGAAGCCAUCUGCUUCAACGGGGCUCUUUGGAAGAUUUAGCAGGAUGGCUGGAUCUUUGCCAAGCAGUGUUUUUGAAGCUGAAAGACCAGGCUGCAGAUUUACAGUCCAGCAAAGAAUUGGAACAUACUUUUACAAGGGUGUGUUGUAUGGUUCAGUUGGAUUUGUCUGUGGCAUAAUUGGUCAAGGAAUUGCUAAUAUGAUAAUGACUGCCAAAAGGAGUGUCAAAAAAUCAGAUGAAGAUAUUCCUGUUCCACCUCUUGUUAAAAGUGCAGCUCUGUGGGGUGUGUUCCUCGCUGUAUCAUCUAACACACGCUACCAGAUCAUCAAUGGCCUGGAGCGGGUAGUGGAGGCAUCACCCGUCGCAAGACGUGUCCCCCCUGUUGCUAUGGCUUUCACAGUUGGUGUUCGUUUUGCCAACAAUAUCUACGGUGGAAUGCAGUUCGUGGAUUGGGCUCGGUGGAGUGGCGUUCAGUAA